AUGCGCAAAAUUACCAAGUUUGGCUUUGGCUUUGAUCUCAUCUCCCAAAAAGUAGAGAUCCUAACCAACUCAAACCAAAGGAAGAAACUAACAACACCCACACACACGGCCAUGGGCUCUAAAAGGAAGCAAAAAGAGAAACAAAAAGACUUUAAAAGGGCCAAAUUGAAAGUUGGUAAAACAGCCCAGAAGCCUGACAACUAUACAGAUACCUCAUUCAAAUCCAAGGCCAUCUCCAUACCAGGCCAGUCAAUCACCUUCUCCCAUGACCCCGAGAAUCUUACACACCGGCUCUCACUAACCAAGCAUCACUCCUCGGCUACAAGAAAAGAAGUCGUUAUAAGUAUAACGCAACAUCUUCCCGCGAAUCCCUCUGCAUACAAGGAAAUCAUCACCAGCAUUGUUCCCUUGAUUCUCGAUGAGUCAAAACUGGUACGGAUGGAAGUGGCCACCUUGCUCCAAGCCAUCGGCGAGAAACAGCCGGGGCUACUUGAUUUGCACAAGCGGAGCGUGGUUCUUUUCAUCACAUCAGCAAUGACGCACAUACAACCGGAUAUAAGAAACACAAGCACCAAGUUCUUGGGCAUCUUGCUUGAAUAUGCCGACUUGAAGCUCUAUUUCGUCAAGUUGCUCAAGAACUUCUUUGUGCUCAUGAGUUGGUCAUUGAAAGAUGAUUCCAAGUCCAAGGGAGUCUCCGUCACGUCCAACUCCUCGAUUCUCCUAGGUGCCAAUUCCAAAAAGGCUCGUGUUGAGCAUUUAAAAGUGUUGACGAAAUUCUUGCAAGUGUCGUUACUCAAGGGUGAAUCUGAAGCGCAGGGACUGGAUAACUUCCACAACUGCAUCAUGCCCCACCCGCAAACUUUCAAAUAUCUCAUUCCAAGCGUGCCGCAGGCGUUUUCCCCCUUGAAUUUAUUUGCCAACGAGUUCAAAGGCGACUUGUUUACUAGUGGCUCAGUGGCUGUUCAAGAGCUAGAGUCCGUGACUACGGAAGAUCUAAAUACCCGACUAAUGAUCAUGAAUGGAGUUUUCAAAGAUCGCAUGUUGAAGAACUUGACUAGUCUCCAUGCUGAAGGCGGCGACGUGGGACGGGAAUCGAAGAAUUGCAGUGUCUUGCUCGAGGGGAUUUAG